GCGAAACCUCAUGCUUUCAAAGCGAUGAUGACGAUGGAGCUAGCUAAGUCCAUUUCUCUCUCCAUUUUGUUAAUUUUUACUACAUUUGAUGCAUCUUGUGCCUUCCGCGAUGAACCCUUAACGUUGUUGAUCAGUUUCGGCGGCUUCCGAUGGGACUAUUUGAGCAAGGCGAACACGCCCAAUUUCGAUCAGUUGAUAAAAGAUGGAUCGUUCGCUCCAGACGGUAUCGUAAGCGCGUUCGUCACAGACACUUUUCCAAAUCAGCACACGAUAGCAACAGGCUUGUGGCCAGAAAGCCAUGGCAUCGUGGCGGACGAGAUGUACGACCCUGUUCUCGAUGAUCAUUUCGAUAACGGCAAGACGGGAAAUGAUAGCAGUUUGUGGUGGGACACAGGAGCUGAACCAAUUUGGGUGACCAACCAACGCCGAGGCGGCAAAAGUGGCGUAUACGACUGGCCGGGAGCGGAUGUUAAAAUUAAAAACACCCUACCAAAUUUCCGUAACAGUAUUAAUUCUACGGACACGGUCACGUUUAAUGAACGUGUGGAUACAGUCAUAGAUUGGUUCACUUCAACUGAGAAUCCGAUUAAUAUGGGCUUGUUGUAUUUAAAAGAACCAGACCAUACUGGCCACACAUAUGGCCCAGAUGCCCCAGAAAUGGUGGGUGUUAUCAGUAUGUGCGAUGAAACAAUUGGUCAUCUCGUACAGCGGUUGCGAGAGACAAACCUGUACAAUAAAACCAACGUUAUUAUUACCAGUGAUCAUGGAAUGACUGCAGUGGACUCCACAGAUCGCUUAAUUGUCCUGAAGGACAUCUUGGGAGAAAUAACGGACAUGCUUGAUAUCAUCGGUACAUCCCCUGUUGUAGGAAUCCGCCCUCAUGACGAUAAAUUUACAAGAAUUAUCUAUACUGCUCUGGGAUCUGACGAGCAUAUGUCAGUAUAUCUGAAAGAUGAAAUACCAGAUGAGCUGCAUUAUAAAAAGAAUCCUCGUAUCAUGCCUAUUAUUCUUGUUGCCAAUGAAGGAUGGACUAUUGUGUUUUCGCGUGACGACGUUAAAGACCAAAAAGGCGAUGAUGGAUAUAGUAAUACUUUGAAGUCGAUGAGUUCCUUCUUCAUUGCUCAUGGACCAGCAUUCAAAAGUAACUUUUCCUCGUUGUCGUUCAACAAUGUUGAUAUCUACGCUCUGAUCUGCCAGAUAAUGGGUUUGGAAGCUGCACCAAAUAACGGCAGUUUAGCGAUUGUUUCAGAAAUGUUGAACAUAACCUAUCCAACACCAAUAAAACCUACUACAAGUGGGGGUGGAGGUGGUGCCAGUGGUGGAGGGGAUGGACCUGAUGACGCAAAUCCAUCUAGUAAACAUUCAGCGCUGUCUCAAAGAUUAAUAAUUGCAAUUGUUAUAGCUGGGAUUGUUUCCCUGACAUCAGCCAUCUUCCUAACUGGGAUGUGUAUCCGUCAACACAAGAACCGAAUGAAGGAGUACACUGGCGUACCUACUGCCCGCACUUAUGAGGCCAGCAAGCUAUUGGUAGAGCAAGAAGACGAUAUUGCCUAAUGGAAAUUUAUAUUAUAUUUUCAUACAUCCAAGAUGUGGUAUGUGCUCCAUUUGUUGCAUAACACACUCAAUCCCACAGGCUGGUAGACCAUAUACUUUUUGUACUGAACAUACACUGCCCAAGGCGCAGUAUUGUCUGAGUUUUUAUUUGCUGUAUUUAGCUACAUUUAUAAGCGAAAAUAAAACCCAGUUAAUAAUCGAGUCCUUAUGCAGUAGCGUAUUGAAAAAACAAUGUCACUAAUCAACCACAUGAUAUCCAG